UCUCCUUGGUAAUCACAUCCUGUGUCUCUAUUGUGCUCGUUCCCACCGCUCUAUCACAACAAAAGCAUUUGCACUUUCUACUCCCACCUCUCUCUCUUCCCUUUGUAACAUUCACAGUCACAGUCACAUUCACUCAGAAACGCACGCGUGGUGGUGCGCAUGGUGGCUCGAACGUGGUCUUGCUGCUGCAAUUAGUACAUACCUAAAUCUUCGCAGGAGAGCAUCUAGGAGUAGGACGCAGCGGUGCACGUGAACGCUAAUGAACCUUAAAUCCAAUUCCAGGACCCCCAUGUUUCGCUUUCAUUACUUGGUUUGCAGCUUUAUUUCAGCAGAACACAAAGUGAACCAGAACAGGGAGCUUUUAGGUAUAUGAAAAGAGCAUUUGGAAAGGCGGAAUGAAUAGUGUAUUUAAUGAACAGAUAUUGGCUGAUAAGCUUUCCAAGCUCAACAAUUCACAACAGAGCAUUGAAACAUUAUCACAUUGGUGUAUUUUUCACCGAAAGAAGGCAAAGCAGGUAGUGGAAACAUGGGAGAAGCAGUUUAAUAAUUCUCUCAAAGAGCAUCGGGUUCCUUUCCUCUAUCUUGCAAAUGACAUCUUGCAGAAUAGCAGGCGCAAAGGAAAUGAGUUUGUGGUUGAGUUUUGGAAGGUUCUCCCUGCAGCCCUCAAGUACGUCAUUGAAAAUGGCGGUGACCAUGGAAAGGUUGUGGUGUCCAGACUGGUUAAUAUCUGGGAAGAAAGGAAAGUAUUUGGAUCUCGUGGGAAGAACCUCAAGGAAGACAUGCUUGGAAAAGAUCCUCCUCCUCCUCUGGAGCUUAAUUCCAAGAGUUCACGUUCAGUACGGAUAGUAAGAAGAGAUCCGCAUUCCAUAAAAAUUAAAUUGGCUAUUGGAGGUACCCCAGAGAAAAUAGUAUCAGCGUUUCAGUCUGUGCACAAUGAACAUGCCAAUGAAGAGACGGCUCUAAAUAAAUGCAAGACUGCGGUUCGGCGAGUGGGAAAGAUGGAGAAGGAUGUUGACAAUGCUUGUGUGCAAGGUGGUGAUCCACAACGUACUACCUUGGCUAAUGAGCUACAGGAACAAGAAACCCUUUUAAAACAAUGCAUUGAGCAACUUGAAACGGUUGAAUCAAAUAGAGCUGCUUUGGUGUCUCAGUUAAGAGAAGCACUCAAUGACCAGGAAUCUAAACUGGAGCAUGUUCGCACACAAUUGCAGGUUGCACAUGCCCAAAGUGAGCAAGCAAGCAACAUGCGGCAGUGCCUCCUAAAUGGUGGGGUCCCCGUCCCCACCCAAGCGCGUGCCACAUCGACCCCCACCAAUCAACCAACAAGCCUCACCUAUCUGUCACCAUCAACAACCACCCAAAAAACUCCAUCUGAGGUAGCAGCUGAGGUCGCAGCCAAGCUUGCAGCCUCAACCUCUUCAGCUCAGAUGCUCUCCUCUGUCCUCUCCUCCUUUGCGGCUGAAGAAGCAGCUUCUUCUCAACCCCCAGAGAAGCGAACAAAGCUUGAUAAACCAAUGCCAGUUCCUGAUAGCACAGGGGGCACCGCAUAUUUCACAAUACAAGUACCUGUUAUCCAAGGCCAAACACCUCCUCCCCAACAACCACAACAUCAACAACAACAGCAACAACAACAUUAUGUUCAAGCACCAAUGGUUCCUUAUGCUUAUGCGACAAAUUUGCCUCCACCUCCUCCACCUCCAUUGCCGACUCAUAUGGUUGGAAUGGUUAGGCCUGCACCACCGGGUCCACCUGGCUCAGCCAUGAUGCAUCAGCAUCCGCGUCAGCCUCACAUGAUUGGGUACUAUGGCCAUAUCCUGUCUCAACCCAAUGGUGGGAUUGCUCCUCGAUAACUAUGAUGCGAGUUCAUGGAUUUGAACACGGGUUUGGUGAGCUUGAAUUUUUUCUAUGGCCUGUAGUUUGUGCCUUCUGCCCUUAUUCUUGGAAUUUGAGAUGGGGGUGUGAAUUUAGGUCAUGUUGUAUUAUGUUGAAUGAUGUGGGACAAUUUAUGGGGAAGAAUGUGAAAUAUCUUUUUUCUUUUGAGAAUUUUUUAAAUUUUAUGAUAA